CUAAUGAGUCUAUAGGCUAUUAUGGGUGUAGGCGGAAGGAUUACAUAAUGCAACCACUCUUGUGUUUGCAUUACGGAAGCGAACUGUGGGCGUGUCGUAAUUUUCCCCUCUACCACUAAACUAUAUAUUCAUACUACAAGAUAACCGCGUUGUUCCGUUUGGCAGCGCAUUCGUUCUGUUGAGUGUCUGAAGAAGGAAGAAAGCACUGAUUCCAAGAUCAUGGCCAAGAGCAUGACACUUCUCUGGGGAUCUGGCUCCCCUCCGUGCUGGCGAGUCAUGAUCGCACUGGAGGAGAAACUACUACAAGGCUACAAUCAGAAGCUGGUGUCCUUUGGCAAAGGGGACCACAGAUCCAAAGAAGUAUUAGACAUCAACCCGAGGGCACAGCUACCUGCUUUCAAACAUGGAGAUAACAUCCUGAAUGAAUCCUACGCUGCCGUCUUGUACCUUGAGAGCCAGUUCAGGUCCCAGGGCACUCCACUGAUCCCAGAAGGCCAAGCAGAACAGGCUCUGAUGUACCAGCGCAUGUUUGAGGGACAAACACUACACCAGAAACUCAGUGACAUUGUGUACUACAACUUACGUGUCCCAGAGGAUGAGAGGCAUGACUCCACAAUAAAGAGAAACAAGGAGACUCUGACAGCUGAACUCAAGAUUUGGGAGGAAUACUUGGAGAAGAUGGAGCCAGGAUCAUAUCUUGCUGGGAGGUCAUUCUCAUUGGUUGAUGUCCUUGUCUUUCCUGUAGUUGCCUAUGCUGUGCGCUUUGGAAUGUCCCAGGAGAAGUAUUCCAGACUGGGGGCGUACUACACCAUGCUGAAGGACCGGCCCAGUAUCAAAGCCACCUGGCCCCCUCACUGGCUGGAGGGCCCUGGGUCAGACCUCAUUAAAGACCUUUGAGACCUCCAGUGUCCAGCUGCUAUCCCAGAAUAUCACAUUAGGAUCUUCACCUGGCACUACGUACUCCUGAAGCCUCCAUACCAAAUACACAGGGAUUUAUGUGAACUGUUUUGUAGUCUUUUUAAAAUUAUGUUUUUUAACGGGUGCUUUUUUUGUAUUUUCUUAAGUUAACUUUAAAUUACCUAAGGUAACAUUGUGUAAUACUUGAUUAGAGAAUCAGUUACACAAAUAAAUAUAUAAAUAAAUAAAAUUCACAUACUAA